AUGUCUGUUGACUUCACCUUCGAAGAUACUUGGUCACUUUUUGGAGUGAACCAGAAUCUUAUUGCUCACUUAGAGAGAUUGCAAGCUACUGGAUUGUUUUACCAAAUUCGCAAAGAGAUCGAACGAAACAAAACUAGACUUGCAUCGCUAACAGCAGUCAAUUUCAAAAAAGGCGCCUCCAAGUUUCGCGAGCACAUCGAAGAAAUUAUCACGAACAGCGACAUAUGCGAGAGGCGGGACCUGGUGUUGCCUUUGAUCCAAAACAAGGUUACACGAGAGAAUGUACAGCAAUUCAUUGUUGCCAACCUCUCUUUGUCUAAAGCCCACUGUCGCAAUCUAGCAAAGGCAAACAUGACCACAAUCUUCCCACAGCUUUUUAUAGCAGUAGUUGGUGCCGUUGUCAUUCCCUCAGAGACUACAGCGGCCAUUCUCGCGACAAUUAAGGAGAUUUGCACCAAAACUGAAAGUGUCUUCAGUACAACUGUGCUUGAAGCAGUGACUGAAGGAUAUGCAAAUAUCGCUGUGGAUUUCGAUAAAUUAACAGACAAGCACGGAACUAAACGAAUGCGUCUUGAGAACGACUCUAAUUUUAUGCAUGCUGUACACGCCAGAAGCUUCAGCCCUUUGAAAUUAGCAAAUGAAGCGAUUGAUGACGAAAUCGAAUCUGACGAGCCUCUGAAUAUGAUUGCACGCCAGAUCGUGAUUCAAUUUAGUGCCGCUGAAGCAAACCGCCUGGAAGGAGUCUUUGGACCUUCACCACUGCUGGAGGCUGUUAAGAGAAGCCGCCAGUGGCGCUGGGAGAGAGCGAAGGACGAAAUAUCAUCGAACCUCCGGCAGCAGCAGACCGAUUGCAUGAUUGCGUUGAUACCGGACUCAAAUGAUCAGGACUUCUCUUUCGUAAUCAGAGUUGGGUAUUCGGUCGGAUGGCAGAUCGUGAAAUAUCUCAACUAUGGUGAGUCGUCUGAGCAGACACCGACGGCUGUGUAA